AUGGACAAAAAAUCGGAUGCUUCCGAUUGGUAUUUUACAGGAAAAAUAAUUUUAAUGAAAGACAAUUUCCAAGAAAUAAAAAGAUCGAGAGUUGGCAGAGGAGGAACUGAUCUGCUUAAAAAGAUAAAUGAAUACGAAGGCGAAAAUUGUUACAUACCUACAGAUGGUCACUGUUUUAUCGUCAAUCGUGUUUUAAACGAAGACUACACGAGAGAAUUUCAAGAAUACAUCAACGGGUUUUCAAAAGCAAAUAGAAAAGGAGUGAUGACUUGUGCUAGAAUGAAGGAAUUCAACAAGAAAUUUAACACUUCGUUUCAAAUUUAUAAUCCCAAAAACAGACAUUUUCAUCCCAGAGACGUUCACGAUGAAUUAGAUUGGGUUUUUUACUUACACAACUCGCAUUUCUGUUUGAUUAGAAGAAGCCAAAAAAGUUUGGGAAUUCAAGAAAUAGAAGGCAAUUACGAACAGGUGUGGAAAACGUGUAGAGACGACAACGCAGUGACACAGGUUUCACCUCUCAAACUAAACGUGCUUUCAAAAAUUGAAGAAAAAGAGAUUACUACCGAAGACAGUAAAUCUACACGACUAACACCUAGUUAUUUGGGAUCAUUCGUUUUAUCUCACAGUAAAAAAAUAAUGAACAAUUUCAUUCACGUCAUAAAUGGAUUUUAUAAACCCGAAAUAUACUAUACCGACACCGAUAGUUUGUACAUUUCAUCCAAAAAUUGGAAAAAACUAAACAGAGCUGGUUUGGUCUCCGAAAAAGACUAUUGCAAAGGUAAAAACGAUUACGGUGACGGUGGAAUUAUAUUUGGUUUAUAUUUAGCACCAAAAGUCAAAUACAACAUCGUUUUGACUUCUGAUGGUGUUUUAAAAGAAAAGAAAACCUUUAAAGGUUAUUCUAAUGAUAAGAUAAGUGUAGAAGAUUACGUUCAGUUAGCAAGCGGACAUGAUGUGUCGAACCAAUUUAAUAAACCAUGGGAAAAAAGUUUCACCAAUGGAGUAGUUAUUCCAAAUGAUAAACAAACUAAAGUUUUUAGAAGUUAUUUGAAUAAUGUUAAAAGAAAACCACCAAACAGUGAAGGAAUUAUGUAUCCUUACAACGACAAAGACGAGUAUAGUUUUGACGAAAACUAUGAAUUUGAUGAUUUCGAUUAUCUUUCUAAUCAAGAAGAGAAUGAAGAUUGUUUUAAAUGA